UUGCUAAGAAACCGAACGGAGUCGCAUAACGUUGCACAAAUAAUAACGAAUGCGCGUGAGACGAAGGGCGACGUAAACGAAAAACCUACUCACGCGAAGGCUCAACCUGGUGACGCGAUGGCUGGAUCGACCAACGAUUGCGUCUUCGACGACCUUCGUCCGGUGGAUCGAAUCAUUCACCUUCCAGUCGUCUAUCGUAUAAAAUAUGACAAAAAAGCCGGACCGCAGCGAACCAACGAAACCGCGGCUGAGUCCGCGUUGUCGGCAUACUGUACAAAGAAUUCAGUUAUACAAUACCUGCGAAUCGGUGCUGCUUAUGACAGUCGCGAUUGCAUCGACGUCGGAUACGUUUGGAAUCGCAUCCAUUUAAUUGACGAACAAACGGAGGAGAACAUAGCGAAGAGAAAAGAGGGAUUUCUUCAAGACAACCGCCGAAACGUAAGUUUCCUGGAUAAGCGAUGCUCGCCGGAGGAGGUAGUGACUGCGGAGGCUGUGCCGACGGCGUUCGACACUCGGCAACGACGACGAUCAACGGAUGGAGGACGGCUGACGACGGCGGCGAUGCGUGAGAUGGUCGGUGGAUGUUGCGUUUGCGCCGAAGAUACAGGCUUCGUCGAGAAUCCGAUCGUCUACUGUGACGGCGACAAGUGCAACGUGGCCGUGCACCAAGGUUCGAUUCGUUUCGGUUUCGUUUCACUUUUCUACUUAUUGUACUGUUUCAUUGUUCGGUGA